AUGACAGGAGACUACUUCUACAAAAUCGGGCUGAAGAUCCAGAAGGAAGAGUAUCCCAACGACGCCAGAUUGUUCGCCGAAUUCCGCGAUCUGGUCUCCUCCUGGGAGAACCUGGCAUAUUACUAUUCAGGCAGUCCGACGCUGUUCACAGAACCGCCGAAAUAUUAUCACGAGACCAACUCCUGGUCCAACGCGCACCUCAUCGAGGGCGAUCCCGCGGACUUUGAGCCGUUUGAAGACGCGAAAUCCGAGGCCUCACUGAAGCGGCUCGUGGCAUGGCCGCAUCCAAAAUACUGGCCUGAGUUGCGGAAGGAUGCGAUUGUAAUUGAUGAUGUGAGGGCCAUAACGUUUCCCAAAGAUACAGAGAUACCGAAAUAUGUCAAGAAUCUGAUUGAGGAUGCAAAGAGCUUCCUCAAGUGGUAUCGUAAGUAUGCGAGGGAUCAUAAUGCCCUCUUUAUGGAUAGCGAUGAGCAUUGGGCGGUUAGAACUAAGACGGUAACGCGUGGUGGAAGCUUUGUUGCGCCUGAUUGGUUAGGUAGCUCUGAUGAUUCUGAGGUCUGUCUCGAUGAAGAUCAGAGCGAUGAGGAUGGAUCUAGUGAUGAACCUGGCGAUGAACCUGGCGAUGACGAUGGCGAUGACGAUGGAGAAGAAGACGAAGAUGAAGGCUCUGAAGAUUACUACGAAGAGGAAGAGAAUGGGGAGGAUUACACCGAUACAGAUUGUGAAGUCAAAGGAUCCGAUGAGGACUUUUCACACGAAGAAUAA